AUGUACUCCAAUCAGCCUGGUGAGAAUUCAACCCAACAAAGUGAUCACCCGCUUGUUUGUGUGUCAAAACCAUUAUCCGUUUUUAUCUUCGUUAUCUAUGCCGCUGUUUUCUUUCUUGGGGUGUUUGGGAAUUUUUUGGUCAUAUUCAUCGUAUCCAGAGAUUCCAAGCUGCAUACGCCAUUUAAUUACUUAGUUGUCAACCUGGCUGUUUCUGACACGUUUGUUCUGCUCUUUUCGUUGCCAAUUGUCGUAUUCAGUGAAUGUUUUUCAUGGCCUUUUGAUGAGUUUCUAUGCAAGUUGUCUCGUCCAUCGUUUCUCAUUUUUACGGGUGUUUCUGUUUGCACGAUGGUAGCUCUGAGUUUCGAAAGAUAUCAAGCAGUAGUGCAUCCUCUGGCACUAAAAAUGACACGUGAGAGGGCGUUUUUCAUCAUCGUGUUUGUGUGGGUUUUGUCGUGUUUUGCAUUUGGCCUUCCAAGGUUUUUUGUAUUUGGACUAACAACUGAGAAAGGAAUUUUACAGUGUGACCCAAUCAAGCAGAGUUUCGCCAUAAGGACAGUGACGAAGAUAUUCCGGCUUAUCAUGACGUUAAUUUUGCCUUGUAUCGUUGUAUCAUGGGCGUAUAGCCGAGUAAUGCGCAAGCUUAGAAACGAGCUCGCCUUCAUUGCAGACGCAUUUGCAUCACCUGACAUAGAGAGGAUGCGAACCACGAGGAACAUCAAAACAAUGCGCCUACUUGUAAUAAUUAUUGUCGUGUUUGUCGUUUGCUUUUUGCCUUUCAACAUUGUCACGUUAUUUGGCAGUCUCCCUAUGUAUGCCGAAUGGCGUUACAAUGAAACGAUCGAGAAUAUGUUCCGGAUGUUUCAAGUGUCUCACAGCUGCUUCAAUCCCAUGAUCCUCUGUUCACUGGGCUCAGAAUUUCAAAAGGCUUUGAAAGAAUUGUGUGUAUGUUUACUCGGCAAAAACGUGCUGAAAAGCAAAAGAAAAGCCUACGUUUUACCACAAAUUCGGCAAAGUCGUACUUCGACGUCGCCGGCAAACACCAAUUCAUUUGAUAGCAGUUUGUGA